AUGGAACAGUCACUUUUAGUUCUGAAGAAAAGAUUUCAAAUAGCUUGAACUUUCCCCUCCAAAGUCCCAGCUGCAGCAGAUUCUGGGCCCACCCCUCCAGUAGAUUGGAUCACACUCCCAUCACCUUCAGCUGUGAGACCUCUCCUAGUCUCCAUAUAUAUAUAUCUAGAGAGAGAGAGAGAGAGGAGAGGGUCUGCAAAGGUCCAGUUAGCUUUGGUGUUGUAUUACCGGUAGGUUUGUUUGUCUACUUCAGCCAUGCCUGCUGAUUUCAAUGGCACCUGGAACCUUGUCAGCAGUGAGAACUUUGAAGGCUACAUGGUGGCCUUAGGUAUCGAUUUUGCCACCCGCAAGAUAGCCAAAAUGCUGAAGCCUCAGAAGGUCUUCAAACAAGAUGGGGACUCCUUUUCCAUCAGCACAACCAGCACUUUCCGCAGCUAUUUAGUCGAGUUCAGGAUUGGAGAGGAGUUUGAAGAAGACAACAAAGGCUUGGACAAUAGAAAAUGCAAGAGUGUGGUUAACUGGGACGGUGACAAGAUUGUUUGUGUCCAGACUGGAGAGAAGAAGAACAGAGGCUGGACCCACUGGAUUGAAGGAGAUGACCUGUACCUGGAACUCCGAUGUGAAGACCAAGUCAGCACGCAGGUUUUCAAGCGAGCGUGAAGCUGAUUCUUGCGAUAUCCCCCAAAUGACAACAGCGCAGAGAACCACGUACAGGAGCGUUUAUGCAUAACGGCACUUCAGACAUGGAGUGCUAACUGAAAAGGCAGCUUUACAGGUCAAACCUUCUUCCUCCAUUCCUGGUGCUCUUUUUGUAAUAGCAUUUCAACCUGAUCCUUUGGAACAAACGUAACUGUUAACCUGCACUAACCACGUAACUUCAUUAAAAAAAAAAAGAUGACUGUUUGCAAUACUA